GAGAGCGGCGGAGGCGCCCGGGUUGUUCGCGCUUGAUUGGGAGCAGCUGGUCCCCUGGGAAUUAUGCGGCGUGUGUGGAUACUACUCACCUUUGGCUUGGUGGCCUGUGUGUCCGGGGAGUCGAGGGCAGAGCUGACUUCUGAUAAAGAUAUGUACCUUGACAACAGCUCUAUUGAAGAAGCAUCUGGAGUUUAUCCUAUUGAUGAUGAUGAUUACGCAUCUGCAUCGGGCUCAGGAGCUGAAGAGGAAGUAGAAAGUCCACAGAUGCCAACAUCUCGAACAAUUCCAAAGAUACCAUUCACUAGUGAUGCUCCAAAAGUUGAGACGACAACACUGAAAAUUCAGACCAAGAUUCCUGCUCAGACAAAGUCACCUGAAGAAAUCGACAAGGAGAAAGUCCACAUCCCAGAGGCUGGAACAAAGGUUGAGACAGCCGAUGAAGAUACAGAUGUGUAUACUGAGAAGCACUCGGACAAUCUAUUUAAGAGGACAGAAGUCCUCGCAGCUGUCAUUGCUGGCGGAGUUAUUGGCUUUCUCUUUGCAAUUUUCCUUAUCUUGCUGUUGGUAUAUCGCAUGAGGAAGAAGGACGAAGGUAGCUACGACCUCGGAGAACGGAAACCAUCCAGUGCUGCUUAUCAAAAGGCACCUACUAAGGAGUUUUAUGCGUGAGACUCCUAUUUAGUGUCUCUAUUUAUGAGAUCACUGAACUUUUUAAAAUAAAAGCUUUUGCAUAGAAUAAUGAAGAUCUUUGGUUUUUUUUUUCAUUAAAGAGCCAUUCUGGCACCUUUAUGAUAAAGUCCCAUUGUAUUUAAAACUUUUUCAUGUAUUCCUUUAGAACAACGUAAAAUUAAAACUUAACAUCUGCAGUGUUCUGUGAAUAGCAGUGGCAAAAUAUUAUUUUAUAAAAAGGAAAAACCUCGAUGUUCACGGAAUCAUUUUAAACCUUUAUGGCUAAAUAUGAAAACAAUGAUAUGAUUGUUUUAUCCUAUGGUUCGAUGAUGAAAGUUGUUUAAUUUUUGUCAGCAUGUCUCAGAUCAGUCUUACAAGUUAGUCUUAUUUCUUCAUUAAUUUAUCUGUUUCCCCCUGCUCCUUUUCCUCCCUUCUUCCCCUACCUCAUCUCCCAAUCACUCUCUCCUAUCCCCACCUAUCAUACCUUUUGUAGCAGUCAUGGUGCAAUUUGUCUUUGGAUAAUUCAGAUAAAGGUAAUUUAGUGUAAAUGUGAUUUUCAGAGAUGCCAACUUCACAUCCACUUUGUAUAAAUUUCUGAGUGUUGGAAUAUCCAUUUUACACUUGCUUUGUUUCUCAGUGGACCUGGAGCUGCAGACAGAUUUGCAACAGCAAAUUAAUGUGUAAAAUUGGGUUGUUAUCACAAAACUGUAUAGUCAUAGCUUUACUAAUCAGAUCUUCCAUCAGGAAGAGCUGGUAUAAGUUACUGACAAAUCUAAGCAGACCCAAAGACUCUUAACAGUAUUCUAAGAUGUUGCUGCAGAUUCUUAUGGUCACUGUAUUUGUUAAUUUCUUGCAAUUUGAAGGUACAAGUAGGGGUUUAAAGAAAAAAAUCAGUUUUUCUUCUUUAAAAAACAUGCAUUUAAGUUGUAAACGUCUUUUUAAGCCUUUGAAGUGCCUAUGAUUCUAUGUAACUUGUUGCAGACUGGUGUUAAUGAGUAUAUAUAACAGUAAAAAAAAGAAGUUGGUAUUUUAUAAGCACAGACAAUUCUAAUGGUAACUUUUGUAGUCUUAUGGAUAGACAUAAAUUGUAAUUUGGGAACAUAAACACUACUGAAUAAAUCAUGUGGCCUAAUAUGGAAAA